AUGCCUUUCCCUUUGCUAUCAGAUUAUAAGCAAUCAGUUAACAAGCAUAAGCUCCGACACACGGGUAAUAAGCCUUUCCAGUGUCUGUGGCCCUCGUGUGAGAACCGCUUCUACACCAACUCCGAGCUCAACAGUCAUAUCCUGUCCCACAACGAUCUGCGCAGCUUUCACUGCACGUGGCCUGGAUGUGACCAUAAGACUAAGACAGUGAGUAAUCUACGGAAGCACAUGGACUACCACACGGCCGACCCCUCGAUCAAGAAGUUUAAGUGCAAAUGGCCGGGCUGUAAGUCCAGCUUUUCGCGCAAAAACGGACUUUCAGUGCAUUCCUUACGUCAUACUAAGGAAAAGAAGUUUGUGUGCGAUUGGGACGGCUGUUCAAAGCGAUUCCUGGUCGGUGAGGCACUCCGUAGGCACAUGAGCUAUCAUAGGGCUGAGCGACCCUACCGCUGCACGUGGGAGGGCUGCGAGAAGGCGUUCACCGAGAAAUCUAAUAUGCAAAAACAUUUUGCGAGACAUAAGGAGGUGUAGUUCCGGGUGUCCAGUCCAGAGAACUGGUAUGCUGUGGACACUGGGUUUAAACUGCACCGGUAGUUUUUAUUGCAAUAUACCAGUGCUAAUAGCAUGUGUAGUGUUAUGUUUUUAUGGUGACCGGUAUUAUCGUAUGCAGUACUGGUAUUAAUAGUUUUAUAAUUACUUUAUAAUACACCCUGUUAACAAUUUUAUAUACGGUACUUAUAUCCAUGAAUUAUUUGACAGUUAUUAUUAAAUUAAUUUUAAAUUUUAUUUUAUGUGCAAAACCAAU